GUGUGAAUGUUUUUCGUAGUGCGGUGUUAAGCGAAACCUGGAAACCAAAACCGUUUGGGGUCAAGUGAAGCGCAAAAGACAUUACCGGGGACGAUAGUUAGUGGAUUUUGAUACACAUAACACAUUAGAACUAGCCAACAUCAUGCUGCAGCUCGCCUUUCGCAGCUUCUUCUUCAUCGCCGUCAUUCUCGCCUACAGCACCGGCAUCUGGCGGUUGAUCAAUGACUACUUCAGGCACGAGUUCCAGUCCUACCUCAAGCAGGAAGCGCAGACGAACAAGUACCUGCUGCAGAACCCACCCGACGGGGUGAAGGUGGCGGUGCUGGCGGGGCGACCUUUUACCGGCGGCGGAACUACCACCGAAGGAGCAGAAAAUGGCCCACCGAAAGCGGGCGCGGCCCACCGAACGGUGACAGAUUCAAUUAGCGUGUUCGCUAACCUGAUUGCCGGCGGCACGGAUUUCCUCCCGUCGCCGGUGGCCGCAGGGAAGGGGCAGGAGGGGGAGAAGCAGCCAGGUAAGAUGGCGACAGAAGCGGCGGAAGUUACCGAUAUCCGCCAUCCCGGGCAGCGGGAGGAGGAGGGAACGGGACAGGAGGCGGAAGAAGAUAAGUGGAUUGCGUACUGGCAGCAACGGAAGGGGAAGGACGGCAACGGGGGUGCGGAGGCGAACGCGUUCUGUUCGGUCGGACUAAAUCCUUCCGAAUCGCUGCUAGAAGAUACCGAGGAGUGCGGGGAACGCUUGAGUGCGGAAGAUUUGUGACGUUACAUUUUUGGGAAAAGAGGAGCAAAAUAAAAUAUAUGUCAAUCAGU